AUGAUUGGUUGGGAUCAAGAGGAAGACUUCUUUGCCAUCGCCAUUCGCUUCUACAACCAUGCGAUUGUUCAAUCCGCUAGUGGAUCACAACCGGAUCUUGAUCUAAUUUGGCGCAUCUACCAAGGGCUGGAAGCGGACAAGAAUGCGGCGUCACCUUGCGAUCCACCUUGGCUAGAUCCGCCUGGGGAGGGUAUGUGUGAGGAGGGGGUUUGA